AUGACGGUGGCCCAACCGCAAGUUCCAGCGAGCCAUACCAAUGGGAACCACGAAUUCAAUAAUUAUUAUAACGGUUACUCGAGUUUUGUCAAUCCGCCGAACCAGACGGUGAAUGGUCAUAAUUUGCCGAAUAACCCGGAUGUGCCAAUGAAUCCUUCUGAAGGUGCUGCUCAAGAGCCACAAACUGAUGCACAAAAUGACCAGGAAGUAUCGACAUUACCUAAUCUUGAAACUUCGAAACUAAGAAAUAGUUGUGUUUCCCUGCCCUUGCCAGACAGUCCGACAUUAUCUGUUCUUGAGGCCAGGAGACGUCAAGCACAGACUGAUAAGAAGUCUGAGGAGAAGACGGACCAACAGCCAAAAAAGGAAAUCUCAAAAGAUGAAAGCAUAAACAAAGAAGAAGAAGAAAAGGACGUUGUGAAGAAGGAAGAGGAAGAAGCUAAAGAUUUGACUCCUAGUCCAGAAUCAAGCACCAGUCGCCAAACCGAUCCAGACUUCCAGCCGUAG